AUUUUAGAUGACGCCAUAAACAAACUCUUUCUCCCUCCCUCUCUCUUUUUCUACGAAACGAAAGUAACGCCGUUUGAACCGGACCACCAAUCUAUCUUCCUUCACCAAUUUCACCGUUUUCAUUUUCAGCGCUUUAUUCUUCUUCUUCUUCCUCUUCUUCCUUCUCCUCCUCCUCCUCCUCCUCCUCCUCCUUCCUCCUUCCUCCUCCUCAUUUCCCUCUGAUUUUAGGGUUCUGAUUUCCUCCAUUUUCUUUCUUUUUGAAUUGAAGAAGUCCCAUGACUUCCUCUACUUCCGUCAAGAAAAACUUCUUGCCUCCUGGCCUUGUUUCCAAUCUUGAAGAUGUUCUUCGCAGCAGGAAAGGCCCUGGUGAACGAGGCGAAGAAUCCAAGGAUGUUAAUAAUGCAUCGCCUCACCCUUCCUCUUCUACUUCUGAUGCCAAUCUUGAAGUUUCUGCAACUCAAAAGCCUGUUAUUCUUGUUACUAACAGUGAAGGAAUCGACUCUCCCGGCCUCACCUACCUCGUUGAAGGCCUUGUUCGUGAAGGUUCUUAUAACGUCCACGUCUGCGCUCCCCAAUCGGACAAAUCAGUUUCGAGUCAUUCUGUGACUCUUCGAGAAACUGUUGCUGUGAGUUCUGCUGAAAUUAACGGUGCCACAGCUUAUGAAGUUUCGGGAACACCUGUAGACUGUGUCUCUUUAGCAUUGUCUGGAGCUCUUUUCUCCUGGUCGAAGCCUCUCCUGGUAAUUAGUGGAAUUAACCGGGGAUCAAGCUGUGGUCAUCAAAUGUUUUAUUCAGGUGUCGUUGCUGGGGCAAGGGAGGCAUUGAUUUGUGGUGUACCAUCUAUAUCAAUAUCUCUGAAUUGGAAGAAGGAUCAAAGCCAAGAAAGUGACUUCAAGGAUGCUGUGUCGGUCUGUUUGCCCUUGAUAAAUGCAGCUAUCAGUGAUAUAGAAAAGGGAAACUUCCCUAAAAGUUGCUCCCUCAACAUUGAAAUACCUACUUCUCCUAUGACAAACAAGGGAUUUAAAUCAACAAAGCAAAGUCUGUGGAGGUCUACUCUAAAUUGGCAGGCUGUUUCGGCCAACAGGUAUCCUGCAGGACAUUUUAUGUCCAAUCAGCAAAGUCUUGGUCUUCAGCUCGCGCAACUUGGUCGAGAUGCCUCUGCUGCUGGAGCAGCUCGCCGCUUGACCACUCAACGGCAGAAUAUGGUGGAAAUUGAAUCAACUGGAGCAGUGGGAAAAUCUGAUUCUGAGCGGGUGAAGAAGUUCUUCCGAAUGGAGUUUCUGGAUAAGGAGCAGGAUCACAAGGAUGACGACUUGGAUUUUCCAGCCCUCGAAAAUGGAUUUGUUGCAAUAACCCCCUUUUCCCUCACCCCCAACAUUGAUUUGGACAUCCAAACGGCUGCCUCUGAUUGGAUCUCCACCGCUCUUCAUCAGGCGCAAUAGAACCGGUCUCUUUUCGGCGGCAAUGAUCUGUGUACAUCUAGAGUUCGGCUCACUACCCUACAUUUUUUUUUCUUCUUUUGUGGGUUUCGCAUUCUGUCAAUUGUUUUGCGAAUUUAACAAGCUCAUUCUGAUUACGGCUUUCUUUCAUUCUCCAUUGAUAUUCCCCUGCCCCUCAGUCUCAAUAUAUAAAUAUAUAUAUUUUAGUUUUGUUAGUUUUUUCCUAUUGAUUCAUGUAGUGUAGUAAAAGUGUAGUAGUUGCUUCCUGCAAAUCUGUUUGGCAUGUUUUAUUAAAAUGCCAGUUUGUAAACUGCAAGUGGAAAUUGUGGUCAAAGUUUGCAAUGGAUUGGUGGUGGUUCUGUUUCCAUUUUAAUCUCAUACAUCUUGUUUGAGAAUA